CUUGCAUCUUAUUAUGAUUAUUUAUGCCCUUUCCAUCAUCAUCUUAACAACAACUAGGUAGUGGUUGAAAUCCCUUUGCUUGUUUGCAUUAUUAUCUGCUGUUCAAUUCAUUCUUGUCUUCUAGGCUUAAGUACUCUAGUACUCAUAACUCACAACAGAUCGAAGAAGCAAAGAGAGAGAGCUAUGGCGAGUCCAUCCAUAGUGUCAUUCGGUGAGAUGUUGAUCGAUUUCGUGCCGGACGUCUCCGGUGUCUCUCUGGCGGAGUCGAAAGGUUUCAUUAAAGCUCCAGGUGGAGCCCCUGCCAACGUUGCCUGCGCCAUUGCCAAGCUCGGUGGUUCCGCUGCUUUCGUUGGCAAGGUUGGAGACGACGAAUUCGGUCGGAUGCUGGCGGAUAUCGUAAAGAGCAAUGGGGUAAACGUAGAUGGAGUGUGCUUCGACGCAAACGCAAGGACAGCACUGGCAUUCGUGACUCUCAAGAAGAAUGGAGAGAGGGAAUUCAUGUUCUACCGCAACCCCAGUGCCGACAUGCUCUUCGUUGAAUCGGAGCUGAAGAUGGAUAUGAUCAAGCAUGCCAAGAUCUUCCACUAUGGAUCCAUCAGCUUGAUCACUGAGCCUGUCCGCUCCACCCACAUGGCCGCCAUGAAAGCCGCUAAGGAAGCAGGUGUCUUGCUAUCCUACGAUCCCAAUCUCCGUCUCCCACUCUGGCCCUCUCCUGAGGCUGCCCGUGAUGGGAUCAAGAGCAUCUGGAACCAGGCUGAUUUCAUCAAGGUCAGCGACGAAGAGGUGGCUUUCCUAACACAGGGUGAUCCUAAUGAAGACGAAGUCGUCAAGAAACUCUGGUACGAUGGCUUGAAGCUCCUCCUCGUCACCUACGGCGACAAAGGCUGCAAAUACUUCGCCAAGGGAUUCAAAGGGCAUGUAGAUGGGUACGCAGUGAAGACCGUUGACACAACAGGAGCUGGUGAUGCUUUUGUUGGUGCAUUUCUCUUCUCCGUCUCCAAAGAUCCUUCGAUCUUAGAGAACGAAGGGAAGCUGAAAGAGGCUCUUAAAUUAUCAAAUGCUUGCGGAGCAAUCUGUACAACCCAGAAAGGAGCAAUUCCAGCACUGCCAAACAUGUCCGCCGCCGUUGCACUCAUUGGUGGCAAAUGAGAAAUAUGACAUUAAUGGACAAAACACAUGAUAUAUCUCUCUUCUCUUGUUUUCUUUUUAUGCUGCUGCUGCUGUAUCGCAAUGAGUUCAAAACUCUGCCUGCCACUCUUUUUCUCUCGUUCCAUUUUACUUUUUGUAUUCUACACCUCUUUCCCAAUGAUGAUAUGUUCUUUUAUCACCUCCAUGGAGAAUCAGACAGGUGAAACCAAAGAACAGGGAUUUAGAGGUGAACCAAAAUUUUGUUUACAAAUAAAUUUUUUAGUAUUUGGUAA